AUGGGCCAGAGUAUUUCGGCAGCACACAGGAAGCGCUGCAACGGCUGUAAUCUCAUGACGGAAUGGACAUUCCGGGCUCAUAAAAUCCUCCGUGCGAUGUCACAGUGCACUAUAAUUGUGCCAACGGCAGAGUCUAAAAGCUGGAAUUGUUCCAGGAGAGACGCAUUUCGUGUUGACGGGAUUUUCAGAGACAGGCUGUAA